GCUGCUGGGUUGAGGGGGGAGUAGGUGACGACGGUGGAAUUAAUUAAUUAAAUGGGAAAGGAGGAUGCCUGGGCGCGAGUGAGGAACAAAAGACCUGUUUUUGACGCCGAGCAAUGGAAUGUGAGGAUUGUCGCAGCACUGACGACGCGUCCUUACGAAGGCUCAUGGAACAGGAACUCCAGUCGUUGCUCGCCCUGAGUUCAACGACGUCGAUAGUGGCUGGGGUCUGGAUCGACGAGGAGAUGCGGGACACAUUCCUUCUCCUGCAGAGCGAUAGGCUUCUCUUUGCGCUGAUGACUUCUUCUUUGCAUCAUUUGUGCAUCACCGCAUGGAUUGUGGGAGAUUCUCAAGCAGCGUAUCAUCAUUCCCCCUCACCGCUGCCGUACCCAAUAAAGCAAGUCGUCCUCUCGCAAGGGCAAGAACAAGUAGCAGAGCAGGAAGCAAGCAAGCAGCAGCCCAAGUGAUGCAGGAAAUGCCGUGUCUUCGUCACAAUCGUAUCAUGGUACGAACGUCGGGGGCCAAGGCACAAAGGCACUUGACGCUGACCUGCAACUGGCGACAGCAUCCUCG